AUUGUUUUUACUCCACUAAAUUUUCUUUGAUAACCCUGUUACUUUGCAAAUUCAGAUUAAUGAUACCAAAUAUAAUCACCAAAUAAAUUAUGAUGCAUUAUUACAGGUUAAUAUAAGUCUUUAUUGAUCCUUCAGGGCAGCAAAUAAUGUAAUCUAAAAGAGCUCCACCUUUACCAGCAACAUUAAAGUGAUGAACACAUUAAUGCAUAAUUACAAUCCAAUAAUUUAAUAUAGAUUAUUCUGAAAUGGGCCAUUUUACUCCUUUUAUUUUUAAGGUGUACUUUUACUUUUGGUACUUUAAAUAAAUUCUGAUACUUGUAUUUUUACUUAAGUAAAAACUUUUGAUUUUAAGCACUGUAGUAGUACUGUAGUAGUACUUGUACUGAUAAAUGUGGUAAUUGCUUUAUUUUCAACAUUCUAGCCUGUAAUACAGGCCUGUGUGUGAGUUGAGAAGUGGAGAAUAUUGUGGUGCACUGGCAGCCUUCAGCUCAGGCUUAAUUGAUGGCCCAUCAAGGGGAGGGGCUCUCCCCCCCUCACCUGCACUUGCUCUGCUGCCUACAGAGCGUGUUACGUGCCCUUCCCCCACCUUUCAAUUCAGAGCGACCUGCAGUCUGGAGUUUUGGACAAACGCGGCAGGACCCUGGAGAGAUUUAGAAGAAGAAUUGAGAGACUCAAACUUCACCAUAGCAGAUGCGAAAGGAGGCUUUUCCAGACAGCUUCAGUGCAGGUCCAGAAGGCGAUGGCUGUGAUGCCAACACAGUUGGACUAUAUCCAUGAGGAGCCAGAGUGGGAUUCCUUUGGAUCCGAAUUAUAUAGCCAUACAGGAUCGGACCUAGAGUACAAGCCAACUCGCACUGCAUCAUCAUCCAGUGAUGAGGAAGAUUUGAAAAGCCGAGACAAACACAAGAACCUCAGAACUUAUGUGAAAAGACAAAAAAAACAAAAGACGAACAAAACAAAAUCAACUGUGACCAUAAAAACUUGUACAAAAAGGGAAGAUGGCAAACGAGCACGCGACAAAAGACAUUAUUGUCUCUACUGUGGCCAGUCAGACUUAAAGAUGGCGAGACAUUUGCAGAGAAAUCAUAUGGAGAUCCAGGAUGUAGCAUAUGCCUUUAGCUUUCCUUCAGGAUCAAAAGACAGAAAAGUUCUUUUGGAACAACUGCGAAAUAAAGGAGAUUUCAAGCACAAUACCAAAGUCCUGGAAAAAGGCAGAGGACAAAUAGUGACAUGGAGGCAGCCCUCUGAUGAAGUUUCUGUUAAGGAUUAUUUGCCUUGCCAAUAUUGCUAUGGAAUGUUUGCUAAAAAGGUUUUGAGAAAACAUCAUUGCACAUGCAGAAGUAAAACAUGUGUAACAGAAGACAAAAAGACAAGAAAAAGAGUACAAAGUCUUGCUGCACGCGUGCUUCCAAUAGCAUCUAACGCCAGUGGACGUCAGGAUGUCAUUACCAAAAAUGUGAUGGCUCUGUGGAACCAUCUCAGGAUGGUGGAAGAUAAAGCAAAGGGGGAACUGACACAACAGAUUUUAACAGCAUACAGGGAGUUAAACGAGACAGUUCUGGUGCAGGUCAUUGUCUUUAACAAGCGGCAUGAAAGGCAAGCAUCACGCUUGACUCUUGAGACGUCUGAGAAAGCAAGCACAAAUCAUGUAAAUGAGGACAUUUAUGAAACCCUGUCACCAUUAGAGAGAGAGCUGAGCAAGCUACUAACCCGCAUAGAGGUCUGGAGAAAAAGAGGUGGGAAGGUAGCUGUUUUCUUGACUGAGAGAAUGAAGGAAUCAAUCAAUUUGUUGAUUGAAAGGAGAGAGGAAGCUGGAAUACCUGCUGAAAAUCCUUAUCUCUUUGCAAGACCUGGUGCGAUGACAAAGUUACGGGGAUGUGAUUGUCUGCGGAAAUAUGCAGAGGAAAGCAAAGCAGAAAACCCUGAACUCCUGAGAUCAACCAAAUUAAGAAAACAGGUUGCCACAUGCUGCCAACUCCUGGAUCUCAGCGAACAAGAGCUGGAACAAGUUACAAGGUUCAUGGGACAUGACAUCAGAGUUCACCUUGACUUUUACCGACAGACUUACAAAACCUUUCAAAUUGCCAAGAUAAGUAAACUUCUGUUUGCAAUGGAGCGAGGCCUCAACCUCAACACAAUUGAUCUUUCUGUCUGUGCUGAAAGUCACACGUGGACUUCUGUGACUGUCCCACAGAGGAAAGGAAACGCGGCAGAGAGGUUGUUGAAGAUGGAGGUUCUGACCUCUUCUCCCCGAAAAACAGAUAUGACCAGGGCAGUGAGGAUGGGGACUCAGAUAUGGAGGAUCAGAGCGCAGGACCAACCCUGGCCAAAAGGCUUCCACAGAAGAAAAGAGGCAAAAAGAAGGCAAGCGGUGAAAGACAGAGAGGCCAUGGAGUGAAGCAGAGAGGACUGCUGUCAGCAAACAGUUGGGAAAGUUUAUGGCAUUACGGCGGGUUCCAGGUAAAGAGAACUGCAUCAAAUGCAUAACACAAGAGAAACACUUGGAUCAAAGAUCCUGGAAGGAUGUUAAAAACUUUUCAUAUAACAAAAUUGUGACUCUUAAUCGAAGAUCGCUGUCACGGAAACUUCAGUUCUGAAGACGUCAUUUUGCAUUAUAAUUCAAUGUUCUAUUUUUAAUGUCUGGUUGAGCCAGUUGUUGGCAUGUUUGAACGUUGUUAGUUUUCUAAUGCUGUUUGGUUGUGGAAUGUAACUAAGCACAUAUGCUCUAGUACUGUACUUGCUGAUAUAGUUUAAAUUCAAGGUACUUUUCAAGGUAUUUUAUGCAAAUUUAUACUUCGACACCAUAGACAAAUCUAGUGAAGUAAAAAGUACAAUAUUUGCCUGACAGCUUUAGCUACUGUGCAGAUUACAAUUUGUUAUGUGUUGAUUUUGAAUGAAUUUUUCUGAUAAACUGGAGGAUAAAGCGUUUUUCUGAGCAGCAGUAGUAGUAGCAGCAGCAGCAGUAACUAACAAUUACCAUA